CCCCAUUGAAGGCAAACAGCAAGCCUCUCUCUUUAUCAAGCCCUUGCAGCUUUGAGCACUCUCACUAUGCCUUCAGCCUUUGCUACCAACAUGAGGUUCAAAUUCUCUAUCCUGGCAAUUUUUCUGGAGGUGUUAAUUAUUGUUUUAUUUGGGAUAUUUGUAAGAUAUGAAAACAACCAGCCCAGCGAAAAGGAUAAACUAUUACUAUAUCCAUUCUUUCAGGAUGUCCAUGUGAUGAUAUUUGUUGGGUUUGGUUUCUUAAUGACCUUCCUGAAGAAAUAUGGAUUCAGCAGCGUCGGUAUCAACAUGCUCAUUGCUGCACUUGGUCUCCAGUGGGGUACCCUGCUGCAAGGAUUUUGGCACAUGAAGAAUCAAACAAUUAAUAUUGACAUCGAAAGUAUGAUAAAUGCAGACUUCAGUACAGCCACCGUCUUGAUUUCAUUUGGAGCUGUCCUGGGGAAAACAAGUCCAGUCCAGAUGCUGAUCAUGACCAUUCUGGAGAUCACAAUCUUUUCAUGCAAUGAACAUCUUGUUGUGAACGUACUGAGGGCCACUGAUACUGGAGCAUCAAUGACAAUCCAUGCUUUUGGAGCCUAUUUUGGAUUGGCUGCAGCGCGAGUCUUGUAUCGUCCUGGUCUGAAAGAAGGACAUAAAAAUGAAGAGUCAGGCUACCACUCAGACAUGUUUGCCAUGAUUGGUACCCUUUUCCUUUGGCUGUUUUGGCCCAGUUUUAACUCUGCCAUUGCGCACCCUGAUGUCCAGCAGAGAGCGAUCAUUAACACUUACUUUUCUAUGGCUGCAUGCACACUCACAGCCUUUGCCCUCUCAAGCCUGGUCAAACACAGAGGCAAGUUGAAUAUGGUUCACAUUCAAAAUGCCACCUUAGCAGGAGGAGUAGCAGUGGGUUCCUGUGCCGACAUGAACAUCUAUCCAUUUGGUGCUAUGUUAAUCGGUAGUAUUGCUGGUGUCAUCUCUGUCAUCGGGUUCAAGUUCUUGACUCAAUUUCUUUCUUCUAAACCAGAAAUUCAAGACACAAUGAUGAGAGAUUUACUUGGGAGUGUCUUGCACAAAAGCAUCAUUGCGACUGUGACACAAGUCAUUUUCAGGGAGACUGGCUCUCUUUCUGCUGCCAUGCAGGCUGCUGCCCUGGGUUGUAGUGUUGGGAUUGCUUUGGUAGGAGGAGCAUUUGCAGGUUUAAUUCUAAAUUUGCCUUUCUUGGGACAAGCACCUGAUGAGAACUGCUAUGACGACUCAGUUUACUGGGAGGUUCCAACAGAAGAGAGACAACCUGCUGGUCAGUUCAAUGACACUGGAGAUCACAGAACAGUCAACAUCAAUGUGUAGGAUGAAUUCUCCAUCAUUAAUUCCUGUCCUUGUGGUGCAGUUUCCAUUUUCUAAUUGAAAGAGACAACAUCUCAACUAGAAGUGCUAAUAAAUAAAUACAACUAUGA